AUCGCCCUCUAUCCUUAGCGUACGAGCAAGCUGUCAACUUUAUUAUUUUAUCAUUUACCUUUUUGUCGUUUUAUAAACUUCGCCACAAUAUCGCAAGCGGAGAGACUUAACAAGCAAAUGGAAAAAGCGAGACACAUAUAUCGCAACAAAAUUUGAAAUAAUUUGAAUAAAAAUGACCGGCAGGUACACCGCUCCAACUGAGGCCCAAAAAGGGAAUCGCGACAGUCUAGGGGGCCCUUUCGUGAUUCUUGAGCUUCCUUGCAGGUCUCCUUAAAGAUAACAUCGGAUAGAACAGGAUACAUUAAUUACAAAGCUUGUCUCAUAAUUAACAAGAGUUUUAGCCUUUUUGCUAAUUCUGUGUGAGCACAAAAUAUACGUAAACUUGUUAAUCUCCAACGUGAUUUAUAGCUUCUCGUGUUAUUUGUAAGCUACGAGUUUCAACUUUAUAGUAGAAAAUGUAGCAACACUUCAUGGCUUUUUAGGAAAGCUUCUUCAAACCAACUCAGGUGCUAAGGAGCGUUUGUUCUAUGAGGCACCACGUGGUACUCGACAGACAAUUGGAACUAAUAAAGCUAACGAGAUUGAGUGGUCCACGUGGACAAGCGUGCUGGGUGAGAACUGUACAGGAAUCUGGCCUCCACACUCAGAUAUCACUGAUGUCAACAGUGUUGAUUUAACCAAGGAUAAGAAGAUUUUGGCAACUGGAGAUGAUUUCGGAUUUGUCAAAGUGUUUGAAUUCCCCGUGAAGGUAAGUGACAAAAUUGCAUAACUGUUCCUAUUCAAUUUCGUAUGUGAGGGACUAAGGAAUAUAUUGCCUUAGCUAUCACUUAGCGAUUCUACAAGACAGUACUGGUUAAUAAUGGAUUUUAUUAGUCAGAAGCUUCAACCGCCCUUGGGGGACAGCAAAACAACUAAGGGCAAUAACUGAGUGACCAGGCAUGAGACAAAAUGCGUUGUUUUCAAGCUCAAAAUUAAAAGGAAAGCAAGUUGGUAUGACGAACUUGGAAUGAGCGCAACUUCAGUUUUUUGGUUUUUUCUGUUCUUUUCAGUUUAAAUAAGCAAAACAAAGAAUACGGUCAACAGUCUCUUGCGUUUUAAAGUACAUUUAUUAAUUAUAGCAUGUCUGUUAUAGAAUAGUUAAAAGUAAAGUAAUAAGAAUAUUUAUGGUAAUGCAUUUUUCUAUCGGUAUGAAAUUGAUAAAGUUAAUCCUUUUUCUCAUGUAUAAAAUUACCAAAAAGGUGAAAACGAAAGCAGAAGUCCUUUUACCCCUUAUAGUCAAGUUAACUUGAUCACUUUUACUUCUCGAGGAGGUUCUUGAUGAGUUAUAACAACGACAUCUUAAAAAUCUUUCGGUCGAAUCUUCAUCUCGGACCUCUUGACAGAAUAGUUGCUGUUUUUCCAGUAGUACCAGGUCACUCCAUUGACAUCGACCUUACCAUUGAGGUACAGACCAUUCAGGUUGGACCAGUGACAAUUUUUGUACCACCAGGCGCCUUUAUAUAUCAAGGCGCAGUUGCUACCAAACUUGUCAUUAUCACGAUCAUUGGUGGAAAAUGACAUACCACGAUGAUAACCAAGUGCAUCACCAGCGGUACCUGAGAUCAUAAUUAACAAUUACUAUUGGAUGAGGCUUGGUGUCAUCCGAAGAAUUAUGGAGAUCGAGGAGGGUGUUAUCGGCCGGGGCGGAUAACACCCUCCAAGAUGUCCGUAAUUCUUCUAAUGAUACGAAAGCCGAGUACAAUAAUUGUUUUAUUAUUUAUUCAAAAUAAUUCCUAGGUUAAAAACAAGCCAAAGCAUGCUUGCCUCCGUCGAUAUUAAGGUCUUCUUCAAUUGCCUGGUUAUCGGCAAGUUUAGGAUAAAGGGUUGUUCAGUACUGCAAAUAUUAUCCAAAUAGCAGAUGUCGUCCGUCGAGUUGUCUUCUUGCCGUUCUUGCUUUCUUUUUAGCCAUUAGGUCUUCUAUUCUUCUAUUUCUUCCUCUUGAAACGAGUGAAAGGUUCCGCUAUUUUGUAUUCACUACCAAAAAAACUAAUAAUCUCGUCCCCAGGUUUUCUCGGUUAACUGAGUGUGCAGUGUUAUGGCAAUUAUGCUACUUCAUUUUUCGCAAAAUUCUUCCAAUUUUGCUAACAGUAGCUGGUUGUAAUGAAUUAUGCGUGGGAUUUUAGCCUAUCAGAAAAGGAGAAAUAUUUUGAAUGAAUAAUUAUUGUCAAAAGUAGGUUGAGUUUGAUCGUCCGGGUGAACGUAGUCCUGAAUAGGACUAUUGUUGUUGGCACUGACUGACGUUUCAACAACCUGUGCUGUAGUCAUCUUCAGAGUCAAAGUGAGUUGUAUCACGUCAGUUGAUGGUAUUAUACUCUGGUUAUUGAUUUGAUUGGUCAAUUACGUCGCGAUGUCAUUGGUCGUCUGUCAGUUAAGCCGUGAUGUUAUUGGCUAUGAAGACUCGUAAUCAGUAAUUGGUGCAUUUCGAUCCGUCUAUUGUCACAGUUAAACAGUCGUCUAUUGUUAGUCAAAUUGUCAGUUCUCCAGUAGUUCUCUCGUAGUUAGUUUUGCUUGAUCUUGUCAAUAAGUCGUUUGUACGGCGCUGGUAACUGUUGGCUACGAUUCAGUGGCGUUUGUUCUAAGUUAGUAAACCAGCUUUCUAAAGUAAGACGUUGAUAGUAGUCUGUAGAAUACGUUAUACAUGUCGCAGAGUCCCAGUCAAUUUGAUGUUUCGUCUUUAAAUGGUGCUCAGCAAUGUGAUUGUUAACGUCACCAUUCCUCGUCGCUCGUUUGUGUUCGGUCAGUCGCGUGCUUAGGUUUCUGCCGGUUUCACCAAUGUAAGAAGCCCAGCAGGCUCAGCAUUUGAUCUUGUAUACUGCUCCCUGUCUGUCCUCUGGUUUGUCUUUGUCCUUGACAUUAGUAAGCAGUCGCCGUAAAGUGGUUAUCGGUUUGUGUGCAACACGUAUAUUGUAAGGUUGUAAUAUACGUGCAAUAGUUUCAGAGGUGCCUCUGAUGUACGGUAUAGUCGCUGUCGUAACAGGGCCAGAGUUGGUCUGAGUGUUGGAAUCAGUGUUACUGUGAGUGUUCCGUCUAACAAAGUCCGUGUUGUAAUUGUUCUUACUAAAAACGUUGUUAAGAUAAUCAGUCUCGUCUUGUAGGCUGUCAGGUGAGUCGGAAACUAGUUGUGCUGGUCUCCUCAGUGUCCGGAUAGUAGUAGCCUUAAUAAUUAUUGUCGUUAUUUAAGACACAGUGAAGUUGUCGCAUGAUUUUUUUGCCAAAUGGUUGCUGUAUAGCUGUACUUACCAUAUAAUAAACAGAACUUGGCCAAAAACACUUUUAGUCACCAAGGUGCUUUGUGCAGUUGAGAUUGGUGAAAGUACCCUCAAAAGUUCAGCCCUUUAUAUUAGAGAGCUUUUAAAAGCGACGACGACGGUGAUGGCAACGAGAACGGCAACAAGGCAAUAGGUUUAGAUUGGCAACAACUCUGCACGACUUCCUAAUUUGACGUUUUAUGGAGGACGUGAACACAAGACAAGGAUUUUCUUUAUUUUUUUGUGAACGUAGAUACAGUUCUUUAGAAUUCAACUCCUAAGAUGAUCGCCAACAUUUGACAAGUUAAAUAUUUUGAGAUUAAAACGACGCGAAUUCACUUUUUGGGUGACGUUUUCGCUGCUCUUGCCGUCGUCGUGACGUUGCUUAAGCUCAUUAUUAGUUGUGUACUUCAAUCAGUCUGUUAAACUAUUUGAAUUCAUCUAUACUCCAACUUCAUUCGCACUUAUUGUCGUGUAGUCGAUGCAGAUGGGAGAAGAAGAUCUGGAAAACUGCUCACCUACCCCUCCUCUAAUCCAACAUUAUUGCCCUAAUUUCCCAGUGAGUGAGAAGUUAACAUGGGGUGGGGGGGAUUUGGUAAAUUUCCCAGAAGUAAUAAAGUCAACGAUUUUAGCGCACAACGGGUUUUACCUGAAUAACUUCCCAAACUUAGCUGAUAUUUUGCUCUCUCGCUUGUCACUUCAAAUGAGCUGUACUCGGCAAAUGCGGUUUUGCCUUGAUGAUCUUCCAAGUCCACUCGAAGUUUGUAACCACCAGUUACAGUCAGCCGAUGUAUCUUGUCCAAACCGAGCCAAAACUCGCCGUUCAGAUUGCCAAAACCGCGUUUGUAAUCAUUCCAAGCGCGGAAGAAAUCAACAGAGCCAUCUCGCCUCUUCUGAAACACUGUCCAACCUCCACCGGCUGUUUUCUGAUCACAGAACACUUCAAAUUCGCCCAAACCAUCAGGAUUGAUUUUAUACACACCACUGAUCUUGUUACCGCUUUUGUAAACUUCAGCACAGUUCUUGUAAACUAAAAAAGCAAAAAAACCUACCCUUAAAAGAUUUCGUUUUUUCUUUAUCCCUGCACUGUUUCCACGAUUAGACGACAAAAUAAUAAAGAGUAAAUUGAGUAUCAUGGUAAAGUAAUGUUUGAAUAGAUUGUGAGGAAUCUUAUUUUCUUUCAACAUUUUGCCUACCAUUUCCUAUCGUGUUCGGAAAAUAGGAGAACGAACAGAUUAAGAGAACUUUGUUGAAAAUACACACUGCUAUUUACCUUUAAGACAAUUUCCACCAGUUUUGUUAGUUUUAAUUGCUUUGAUCUCUUCGAGAAUUUCCUCUUUCAUUUUCACCAGCUGUUGACCGAUGUCUGUGCAGUUUGGACCUGUGUAGAGAACAUAUAUUUUGGGUUCAAUAGAGUAAAACAGCAAAGGAUAGAAGAAAGAAAAGCCCAAAACAUUUUCCAAACCUUUUACAGUUGUAGUUCCUCCAGUUAUGGUCCUUGUCAUUGCUCUGAUUUCGUUAAGGAUUUCAUUCUUUAUUUCGGUCAGGUUUUGCGUUAUUUUGUCGCCGUUUUGUCCUGCGUAGAGGUAUAUAGCGAGUAAUAAAAGAAAUCAGCGAAGGCCCUUCGGAUAAAAGAAGUCAAGAAUUAUGUAGACUACUAGCGUCCAAACAAAUUCAUUAUACGGCGUUUUCGGUUUUGUUCCAUUUCAUGCCCCUGAUUUCUUCGAGGAUUUCUCUUUUUACUGCAGUUAGCUAAUGUUCGAUGUUUUUGCACUUCGGUCCUGGUGAAAGUACAGAGGAUAGCUUAUAAUUAUUGUAGGUUAAGUCAUUGAAGACUGAGGCCUCUUUAAUUAUCCAGGAUAUAUAUAAACUUAUUUCGGUAUCCUUUACAGCAUUCCCUCUGGUCUCUAUUCAUUACCUUGAUUUUAAGGAUGAUCGAGUUUCUUGCAUUUCAACUGAGUAUUUAAAUAUAGAAAAAGUUUAUACAAACCUUGUACAGUCUUUUUUCUGGUUUCGUUUCUUUUCAUUUCCCUGAUUCCCUCUUUUAUUUCGGCCAGUUGUUGCUUCAGGUUCUUGCAGUUCGGUCCUGCGUAGAAGUUAGUGUUAUAGGUCAUAUGACACUGUGCUUUUCUCAUCUGAUCGCUUUUCGUGGGUUUGACGGAUAAGUUUGCUUUUGUCGCUAGAAAGUAAGCGAUUGCAAGAGUUGCAAAGAAUAUUUUCAUCCUCUCCCGACUUCUAAGAAGAUUUUUCUGUCACGAGUCAAAGCUAGUGAUAGAAAGCGAAUAAUUUCCAAGGCUUCAACAGUGGCAUACCCAUCGUUUUCAAAAGAAAAUUUUCUUGUUUGUAAAUACUAUUUUUGGAGCUCUUGCAUCAUCAGUUAUCGCCAAUCACACAACUCCACAUUUUGGUCGAUGUGAAUGCGCGACAUUCGUACAAAUCCGGAGUGGAGUUAUUAGUAGAACAGACGUAUACCAAAAAAACAAAGCGAGGAGCCCUUUGUUUCAAUUGCUUUCGCAGUGCGCGUAUGCGGUAUGCGAUAAAUCGGUGGAGCGAUUCACGUGGAAUUUUUAUUCUACGAUGUGGCGCCUAGCACUGUGAAGAAAUAAGCUGUAGCGUCGCAAUAAACCUCCGAGCUUUGCGAAAGUUUUUUUGAAGGAGAGAUGCCAUAGGCCUAUAAAAACGUGUUUUUUUUUCUGAUGGAGAGGGUUGUUCCCACCAUUGCACUGUGUGUACCUAAAGGCAAAAGAAUGGGACCUCUAUAGGUCAAAAUAAAAAUAAAUUAUUCACGCUUGUACCGACUUCCUUUUGUCUCGUAAAGUCAUUAUAGGUACUAGCAGCGGUAUAAAUAUUGUGAGGUCUUGGAGGCUGAUGACGUGACAAGGAAACCCUGUCAUUCAAAAGGAAAACUUGUGAGGCCGCAAUUUUUAUUUAAAAACCCAAUUCUUCAAGACUGAUUUACUAGGACCGUGGAUCAUGUACAUGGUCAUAUUUAGGAUCUUGUUGACGAUAAAAUUCAUCGAACUUGUAUUUUAUAAAUGGCUGGCUAGUUGUCUCCUGUCAUGAUUUUCCCGUCAACGAAUGCGAAUAAUUAAUAGCCGGUUGAUCCGUUAACCCUAUCGCCUAACCCAAAUGCAACACAAAAAACUUGGUCUUGUGUUAUGUACAUUUCAACCAGCGUAGAUAUUCAGGCUACAACAAUCUCGCUCCUGCUCGUUAUGAUGAUGAAUUUUAUUGCGAAGCGUACGAACAAUAGGCGUCUCGCACUGGUAGUUUUUGGGGGUUUAGCGAUGCUUUUAAUUCGUCUCUUCAUAGUUUUUAGAGGAGACUGGUUAUGAAAAGCGGCAAACAUCAAUGAUAAAAACAACAGUGCUGCAGUUUAUGUUCAUGGCACCGUGAAAUUGCACAAUCCUUUGUUUUCUGUUGGCAAAUUGUUGCGGAAUAAAUUAAUGCAACGUUUUUAUUGGUCAAUACAAUCAAAAUGAUACGAAUUCUUUUGAACGUUGUGUACUUUCAGGUCCACAAAAACAUAUAACAAAGGAGUCUGACGGGUUUCAUAACCAUUCCACUCAAUUAACUGUGGUCUCUUGCAGAAAUUUAUUAGCGGCCUAGGGAAACUAACGUAAACCCUUUUUUGGCUAUGUAGAUACGUUGAAACGGGGUACCCGUUCAACAUGCGACAAGUGUUUGCUUCUGCUCCAAAUAUACAUGUAUUCAAGUUUAAUUUAGUUCAUUUAGUACUGAGCGUUGAAAAGACUUUCUCAAACUUCUUUAAUAAUUUAUGAAGAAAAUACAGAAAGUUAAAUGUUUAAUUAGUGUUUGAAAAUCAGAUGAAAAACUGCUCAUUUUUGCAUCAUUAAUUUCUCCUUCUAAAAUCAUUUUGUUUGAGAAGUAAUAAAAAGCAUUCGACACAGUGUCACCAGAUAAAACACAUGAAGUUUGUCAAAAAUACUCCGCUGCUCGUCGUAUUCUCAACUCUCUUGUCAGUGUUUCUUCUGGUGAUGAAACACUGCGUCUCAUGUUUGAUAUAUUACAUAAUCUCUCAACCCUGUUCCAAGGGUUUUCUCCUACUCUUUUUUGGAAGUUAGGUUGUAUUCACACUGUACCGUAUAGCUCUUGCGCCGGCACGAAAACCAUCCCGAAUGGGGCUUCUGUUCACGCAUAAGAACCAUAAUUUUGGAGGCGAAGCUGCGCCGCGCCGAUCUCGAAAGUGGAGCGUCACAUAAAGGAUACCGUCGGUUGCAUCUGAGCGUGGACACGAGACAAAAAAUCAUGUUCUGAUAGGAUGCCAGACAUGACGUAUUUUGCCGCAAAACAUAUGGAGUUUGACAGCCGUUAAAGCAACCUGUCACGCCAAAGCUAAGUUGUUUAGGUGUUUUUGAUCAGCGCGUUCCGCUCAUAUUUCAUUUUUCUUAACUUGCAGGCAUAUUUCUCGCUCAGAAACAGCACACUUGCCUCCAGAAUUUAUUCUUAACGUCUGAAAAUUCUUGCAAAGAAUAUUUUGUUGAGCGAAGACGAAUCAAGUCGACAACAGCCGCGUACUCCAAACUUCGAAUGUUUGGCGGCAAAACAUGACACGUUUGCACCCAAUUAGAACAUGUUUUUUCCUCACGUGUACACGCUUAGAUGCAACCAACGGUAGGUUCUGUGCCACACUUUGGUGCAGCGGGAACACUUAUGCGGACCAAAGCGGAAGUGAAUAAGUAUCAGCGAAUCCACUAAGAUAGCAGAAAAUAUUCGAGGAUUAGGUCUGGGAUUUAAUUCACCAAACCUCUCGUCUUCUUCGUGAUGUUCGAUGUUUGUGAAUGACUUGUUCCAGUUCUUUUCGGCACGAAAAGUGACGUGUAUCCGGUAUAUUGUGAAUAUAUACUUAGGGAGAGAUCCUCCAAGAUCUACAUAAUUCUUUAAAACGUGUUAAAACAUAAUUAAACAAUUGGUUUAUCAUUUAAUCUUUUUAAAGUUAUUGACAGUCUAACCUCCAAUAGUGUGAAGCUUAAAACCAAAUUUAGUGACCGUCGGUGUCAGAGAGAGCUUUUUAAUAACGGAACAGAAAGACGAAAGAUUUAGAGCCGCAAUUUCUGCUUACAUUUUUCAGGGCAAGCAUGCAAAGUUCAAGAAGUACGUCGGCCAUUCUGCACAUGUCACAAAUGUCCGCUGGACAAAUGACGACAGUCGCUUGGUUUCAGUGGGCGGAGCUGACACGUCAGUCAUGGUGUGGUCACAUGCUCGGGCGCACGAUCGGGAAGAAGUCGGAGGUGACAGUGAUGACUCGGACACAGACUCGGAAGAAGAAGGAGGGUACGACAGUGACGUGGAGAGGGAAAAGAAUCUGACUUACGAGGACAAGAUUUACGCUAAUCCACUCCGUACCACCAAGGGAGUAAAGCCACACCUUAGAGAGAAACAAGACGAUGAGGAACACAGGUAGAGUUAUUGUUUGACAAACUUCUUGACGCCUCAGAAAUGUGCAGUCAUCCUCCGCCUCCUUUUAAGGUGAUGUUACACGGGACAAUAUUGCAGCCAUUCGAAACAAUGAAAUAACAAUGUUGUAAGGCUGUGUUGCGGUAAAAAUCGUCGUUGCGAAUCGUCCCGUGUAACAUUCCCUUUAAGCGUCCUCUCAAGAGUUGACGACCUGGUAAAGAAUUGUUAGGUGAUAUUUUACGUCCACGCAAAACAUCAGACGUACAAAAUGGUCUUCAAUAUUAUUUGUUUAAUGUCGUUGGUUCAGUCAUGACCGAUGUUUCAGUUUCUAGAAAACCAAUAGAGUCUUCAACCUCUUGGUCCUUCUCUUUCAAGAGUGGUUGCUACAUUACACAUUCUCCUUACUUGUCGCAAAAUGUUAUGCCACUGAAACGUUUUUUGUUUUGUGUCAGACCUGCUGUUAGCCGUGGUUCCAAAGCUCCGCCAAAAGUUCGGCAACUGGACCGGCAGAGGGAGUCAGGGAAGAAGAGGAGAAACCAAGCCAUCCAGGUCCAUAAAUGUGCAUGCUUAACCUUCUCACUUUUGUUUUAACUAGAAAAUAUAAAAGUUAGAACCACCGUGUAAAGUGUAAUAAACAGUUCCAUACAGAAGUACUGUUCGUUUGCUUUCAUUUCAAUGGUUACACCACUCAAGGUUUUCACAGACUGAAAAGUUUGAACCACCCUGUACAUCAUAAUAAACAGAACUUUAGGGAAGUACUACUCAGUAGCUUUCAUUUUAAUGGCCAAACUAAGGAUUUCAUCCACAGAUUUUGAAUUUUCUUGCACAGCAUAAUAAACAGGAAGGUACUGCUCAGUACCCAAAUGGUUGAACAACUUUUUCCAGCAUAAUCUGAACAUCAGCACAAGAAACUGUAAACAUUGCUCGGUAGCUUUCAGCUGUCCCUCACACCAUAUUUUCUUUCCUUGGAAUAUUACCGCUAUAACGCCUUCAGUUAAUUAUUCUUCCUCUUCUCAAGAAGGACUAACUACAUGAAUAUUUUUCCGCAGGAACUUAGUUUGGAUUUCAUUCAUGGCUACCGUGGUUUUGACACCAGGAAUAAUCUGCACUACCUCCCCGAGGGGGAGAUUGUGUAUCAUGCAGCAGGAGCCGGAAUUGUAUUGAGUACCGCUAAUGGAGUACAAUCAUUCUACCUUGAGCACACAGAUGACAUCAUCUGUUUAACUGUCAAUCAACAUCCCAAGUUUAAGGCAAGCUAAUUUGUCCCACCAAGUUCAUUAUUUUGUCAGAAUCCCUAAUUGUUUAUUGUUAAAAGUUUACAAAAUUAUCACAACCGUUAUUGCAAAUUACUGAAACAACCAUAAUUGUACACAGAAUACUAAUGCCUAGCGAAAUGGAAAUUUAACCUUGCUAAUCACCGUAUGUUGCUUGAAACUGUUCAACGUUUGCGAGGACGCGAAAUUUUCCAGACAAUCGCUAUAAAGCCCGCGAAAAUGUGAUACGAUUGUUUUUUCCUUAUUAUUAGUUAUUUUCCUUCCACUGUUUUGUAGAACAUCGUAGCCACUGGUCAAAUCGGUACAGAGCCUUGUGUGCACGUGUGGGACGCUUUAUCAAAGGAGACGUUAUCAGUUAUACAAGGCUUCCACACCAAAGGCGUGUGUGCUGUACACUUCAGUUGUAACGGAAAGCUUUUGGUCACUGUGGGUAUUGAUGCUGCUCACAGUAUUGCUGUGUGGAAGUGGGCUGAAGGUAAGGUUACCAAUUUGAUUCAAGUAGUUCUCUUGCUCUUAGAUGGGGGCUUGUCAUGGUCUACAUGAAAGAAAUUCAAGCCCAGCGAUGCAUAUAUCCAGAUAGCGAGAAGUAUGGAUUUGGAUUACCAGACGUUCUCUGGAAUGAUUGCGCUAUCCUGUGGUUCCUUUGAACAUUUGCUGAAAUCAGUAACAUUUAACAUUCUGUCUAACAAAUAAGGGUAAUUUUCCACUGGCUGAUUGUAACGAAAUAAGUGGAAAAUGCUUUUCUGACACACCACUGGGGGCCUGGGUAUAGGACAUGUGACCGACAGGCGGGCAGUUGCUUUUGUUGCGUCCGCCAUUACUGACCUUCCCCCACCCACCCACCCACCCACCCUAAGAUUUCAGUUUUGUAGGCUUUUUAAAUGUAAUGUGCAACUUUGUAGUUUUGUUAGUGUCCCAGCUUUCUAGGGGUAUGUUAUGUGUACAUUUUUAUGAAUUUGCAAUAAAGGCCAGGCUGCGGCGGUCAGCUUAGCGUGGCUACCUGUGGUGGGGAACUUUGCGACCUCUUUGAAAAAGAGAACAGUUGUGUUGUUGUUGCUACUUUCGUUUGGCGUUAUCCGAAGAAAAUGGCAAACAAACUUCAAAAAAUCGGUUUAACUGUUACUCUGAGUAGUGAAAGAAGAAUUUACUUAUGGAAUUAUUGGGUGUCUAUAAAGUUACUCUAGAAUCCAAAAGAUGGAACGCAUUAAAUAAUCGUGAGGCCUUCUGCGUGUCUUUCCGUUGUAGGCAGCAAGCUAGCCAGCUCACAUGGUCAUACGGAGAGAAUUUUUGUGGCAGAGUUCAGACCCGAUUCAGACACUCAGUUUGUGACGUGUGGAGUAAAACAUGUGAAGUUCUGGACUGUGGCUGGCGGGCAGCUGAUUGGCAAGCGGGGGUUAAUAAAUACAUCCCAACAGAUGGAGGGUGAUGAUUCCCAACUCCGAAUGCAAACCAUGCUCUCAGUUGCUUUUGGAGCGGUAAGGAUUACAUUUAGUGAUUACAGUAUCAGAUAAUUUGUCAGCAAGAUGCCUCUGGUGUAACGAGAAAGCAUUUUCGUUGCCAGGGACCUAAAGGAUAGCAGCUUUGGGAAUUAGAAUGACGUGAAAGUAGAUUCAUAGCAUGCGCGUAUCGUGCCGUAAGUAGUAGCCUCGUGGUGACAAUUACAGUACAAGUUAAGUGUGUCACUGUCCAAUGCUCAAGAAGCUUCAAACAUUGAUGCAGAAAGUGGAACUCAAUUCUAGUCUCUGUAACUUUCCUGACAUUGUUUCAUGUUUUUUCUUACAUCUCCGCCAUUAAUAGGCAAAGAACCACACAAAAUCUCCUUCAGUUUCCAAGGAAGUUUCUUACAAAAGAAUUCAUCUAUAAAGAGAGAAUUAUAGAAACCAGUGCCAGGGUUAUUUUAUCGGAACCAAGGCUUAGUGAAGUGAACUUUACGCAAAUAUCGAGCAAUCUGAAGUGCUACUGACUCCAUUUGCUCUAUAGGAUAAUCUGACGUUUACCGGAGCCAUGAAUGGGGAUGUGUUCGUGUGGUCGGGACAUAAACUAGUUCGGCUGGUCAGCCGGGCGCACAGUGGUCCUGUGUUCUCUAUGCACACUACUCUGCGUGAUGGGCUGAUUGUCACCGGUGGAAAAGAAAAAGGGUACGUACUAUAGAUUGUACGAGAGGAUGUUGCAGAUUAAAAGACUGCUUUUAAAAAUUGCAAACUGGUUUGUUAUAAGUGGGUUUCCAUUUAUACAAGCAAGUGUUAGAUUGAUAGAGUAAUACCGACAGUUUGUCAUAUUUUACAGAUUUCGCCGCGUCGAAGAAUUAGUCUUUAGUCUUAAAGAAGUGCAAAACAAAAACAAAAUACAUUGAAAGUAGUGUACCAAUCAUUGCCUGGGUGUGUAAUAGUGGGUGGGUAGAUUCUUCCAGUGAGCGAGAAUCCGUCACCUAUUGAAAAGAACAUCUGAAAAUAAGGCGCUCUUUCCAAAAGGGUAGAUGGAUUUUUGCUAACUGGUCUUCGUUGUCAAGAGUUAAUUAAAAACGUGGAAGGGUCUACUCAGGAGUGUUUUUUACGAAAUUGGCGAGAACGAUUCUGUUUGUAAAGCGUCCUUACCUUUCGUACAUAAACGCCCGUUUCUCUAUAUUUCGUUUUGUACUAAAUUUGAUCCUUUUCACCUUUCUAGAAACCCUAAAGAGGGUGUCGCUAUUAAAUUGUGGGAUCAAGAAAUGAAGAGGUGUCGGUCACUGAGCCUGGGGCCUGGACCCUGCGUAGUGCGAUCAGUUUGCAGAGGAAAGGUUGGUUAAGACACAGGCUCACCACGUUAUAAUCUCCAAAGGUUCACCACGUUAUCAGGGUUGUCACUAAGAUUUCAAGUUGCCGGGUAUUUGUCGUUUGUAGCCGGGGAAGUCGCAAGCAGUCAUGGAGCCACCCCCCACCCCCAGUUGCACUUCUACCGUUUUCCAAAAGGCAUUACCGCCCCCCAAAAAGAAAUCUUCAUCAAGAGUACAGCUAUCAUUAGCGGUUUUAUGAUGAUCACGUCUUUAUUAAAGAAAACUACAUCAUUCUGCGACACCAAAAUAAUAAGGUUUUACUUUGCGUAAAGGCUCGUUGGAGGGUUUUUUUAGUGGCCGCCAAAUGGGAGUAUACAUGUAAGCACCGUGUCUGAAAAAAUUGACAGGUAGGCGCAGUCUUAUCUUCACGCAGACAAGGCGCAUGCUGGCCAGUGAAGAGUUAAAUCACAACGAUAAUUUACAAAUGUUAAAAAUGUGGAAAGGACAAUCGAUUCUUAUAUGGUGCAAAUGAAUAAACAUGCGCUGUAAAAUCAAUUGUAAAUCCUCAUUUAGUUAUACGUAAGAACGAAACAACUUACAGAAAACAAAAGUAAAAGUAAUAUUACAAAUGAAUUAACAAACGGAGAAGCGGAAAGAAGACAAGCGGACAAUAAAUGUACGAAAAAGCAUCAUAAACAUAAGGUUACUACGGUUUGUUGAAAAAUAAAAGUAUGAUAAGGCUAAAACAAGCGUAACGUACGAAAACUCGCGGGAUAAAAUAUGACAAAACUAAACUGCACAACUGGUAACAUUAGUGGUCUCGAAUUUAUGAACGAAACAUCACUUAACAUACGAACAAACUGACUAAGGAAAAGCGUUUAAAAGACAGGGCUAAUACUUUAUAAACGACGCUGAGAUGUCAAAACGAGACUCAAGGAGAAGAAUGCAAAAGUAAUACUAAUGCUUAACUUCCCUUUUAUAUAUAACUUCUUGGAAGUAGAACUGAGAGGAUGUAAUCAUGACCUGCGGACAAUGAUCAAACAUUUCCCGUUGACCGUGCGUUAUUUUAUAUAUUCGAUAUCUAAAGCUAAAUUUAGACCUGGUCACUUAAAUGUCAAUUUAUUAAACAUAGCAAUCACUCAUAGUCUUCAUCUUCAAAGCCUUCAUCAUAAUCCUCAUUAUCAUCAACAUCAGCAUCAGGGAGAUUUAACGCGCGGAUGAAGCCUCAACUUCUUCUGUGAUGUCAACAGAGAUCUGCUCAGGUCUUUCAUCGUGAACAAAGAUUGCAGAUUCCUUUGCCACUUCUUCGACAUGUUCAACACAAAGCCGACACAACGGUUGAAACUGGGGACUUUUAGCAUCGACAAAGGUGACGGCAGCGAAAACGUCACUUUUAAAAUGAAUUGGCGUUUUUUCCAACUUUGUCGCGUUUAUUUCAAUUCGCUGAAAAAAUAUGUAGGCCAAUUUCCCUGGAGUUGAUUUCUUUGGGACCGCACUCAAGUUUAGAAAGAGAAAAAAAAGUUUGACGUCGCUUGUUUACGUCCUCCAUAAAACGUGAAACUAGGCAUUUUCACGUCGUAGUCGCGCAGUAACAGCAAAGAAAUGUACAAAAAAGUGUGAUCCACGUGCAAACUAGUUGUUUUUCUCAAUAAACCUAUUGCUUUUUUGACGUUCUCGUUGCCGUCGCCGUCGUCGUUGCUAAAACUCCCUACUGACAUUUCGCGAACGGAGAGUUUUCGCGCGUGUGUACUAGUACCAAAUCUAAGUCAGAUGUCUUUUCCCGACAUUUCUUAGUUUUUGCACGCGAGUAUUUCAAAAUUACUUAAAUCUGCUGCAGAUGAAACUUUCAUUUAGUUAAAUGGAUAGUCUUUGUGUGUUUGAAAGGUGUGCUCUUUUGGUUUAAUUUAACGACGAAAGUAGCCGGGGGAAAUCCCCGGCCCCCGGCUCUUAGUGACAACCCUGGACGCCGUUAUAAAAUAAUAACCGCAGACUAAGUUGGUUAGUUGUUUGUUCGAUUUUGUAAUAUGACUCGAUUGUUUGCCACAGUCCACUUCUCGCAUAAAUACCUCAUGAUUUUGUUCUGCUUGUAGGGUAAAAUCCUUGUUGGCACAAAGGACAGUGAAAUAAUUGAGAUAACAGAAAAAACUUCCACAUCUCAGGUGAGCUUUUUUGUAGUAUUACUUACAAGAAUCUUAGUUGCGCCUUGUUUACGGUACAGUUUAUUUCAUUCCUUUCUUUCUUAAGCCUUAGGAGAGCCUUUUAACGACUGAAUUCUUCCGACCAAUACUAUUAUACAUGAAAAUUUCAAUAGUCUAAGCCGGAGGCACAAACCGGCCGCAAACGCUUAUUUUCUACUGAGACAAGAGCAAAACUUGAAGACUAGCUUGGUGGUCGUCUUUUAGUUGGCCGCAUCUUGCAGUAUUUUAAAGUUUCUUUUUUUCUUUUUCAAUAAUGUUCUUAUUCCUAUUUCAUUUUGUUUUAGCAAACACAUCGAUGUGAUCGUUAACUCUGACAUAAUUGACCAAUCAGAUCCAUAUCCAGAGUAUAAUACCAUCAACUGACAGAAUACAACUCACUGUCAACAACAGUCCUAUUCAGGACUACGUUAACCCGGACGAUCAAACUCAACCUACUUUGGAAAUGACUCCUUGGUUCAAACCUUUCACAGUUCUGACCUUUGAUUACUUUGGCACUUAUUUUAGAUUAUUCUUCAACCUUAGUUUUUUUGAUUGCUUGGUUGGUAUUAAUGAUACUUGUUUUCCAGACUCUUGUUCGUGGCCAUGGAGAGGGAGAGAUCUGGGGUCUAGCCUGUCACCCUGAUAGAGAAGUAUUUGUAACUGCAAGUGAUGAUCAAACUGUUCGACUGUGGGACGUGGCCACUAAGGUACAUGCGACGUUUAAGAUUGACUCUUACUUACUCUUUUCAAAAAGUGUUUCCCACAAUAUUACACGAGUAUUUGUUAUCGACAAGGCUUAACAUACAUCUGAGGAAUUUACCUGAUUUUCCUCCAAGGACGAGAACGCUGUCAGACAUAAACUACCGACCUUUUGAACUCGACGGUGACUCAAUGAAGCGGGAGACGAGUUCUCUGUCUGGUAUACAAGUUAUCAUGGCGUACUUUGAUUUUGAAAAAAAUAAACCACUUUCUCUUUAAGAUAUCGUGAUAAAAUGUCUAGGCUACAGCAAAACCAAAGCAACUGAUAAGAUUAUCACAUAUUUGAAAGGUUCAUAGAAUGGCACAAUCGCGCGCGACUUUUGACUGAUUUAGAGAACGCGGAACGCAUUCCCAGAUAAUGAAAGUUGCUGAGAAUUAAUUUUCCACAACUAGGGGCUACAAAAGGGGUUGCCGAUUGGACAAUCGAACGACGUUUUUUUCUAUCUUGGAUGGUUUAUGGCAGGAAAACAAAGACUCCAUGUUGUGAUCUUACCAUCAGUUGACUGAAAAAGCAAAUACCGAAACACGAAUGCAGAAACAAUUUAUUUAAGAUUAAAUAAAACCGUUCCGAAAACAAAAAUUAAAGCAAACCUUUCUUAACGACCUUUCCCGUCUUUUCAGACGAUGGUAAAGAUGGCGCCCCUGGGCGUGGCUGCUCGGUCAGCAGCCUUCUCUCCUGAUGGUGAGCUACUUGCUAUUGGUCUUAAAAACGGCGCAUUUGCUGUUUUGAAAUCCGCUGAGCUGAAGAUCAUAGCGCAGAAGCGGGAUCGAAACAAAGCCAUUCAAGAUGUCAGGUAAUCAUUGCCGGAUUAGCAUAAGCGCUAUCAAUAAUUGGCAAUUACCUUGAUUAAAGAUCAAAGAUUAAUCCAAAAGACGAGUAAUCAAGUGAUUUCAUUCCUUCUAGCAUAACAGGCUGUUGCAUUCAGUCAAGUGCCCUUUAAGUUCAGCCACUUUCUCGUGUUGUAAGUUGAGUUUCUCAGUUGUAGCGCUACCCGCCUCGAUUAUCUCUCGGUAUACGCGACAAGUUUUGUUUUUUUUUUUUUUACGUUUUUGAGCCAUGUGUUGGUGUAAUUAUCAAUGAAGGAAUUCAUGAAUGAACGGAUAAAUGAAAAUUCAAUGAAUAAAUGAAAAAGAACUCAUUUUCGCUGUAUCAAUGAAUAGCUUAGCUGAGCGGGUGAGUUAGGGUGAUUGAGUGAGUGAGUAAAUGAUUGAAUAAAUAAUGUAAUUUACUUGUCAAUAGGUUCAGUCCAGAUGGCAGAUAUCUCGCAGUAGGAUCAGAUGAUAGUUGUGUUGACUUCUAUGAGCUCCGUGAGGGCCGCCCUCUGACUCGUGCAGGAUACUGCAAAGGAAUCCCAUCUUUUGUUACUCAGAUGGACUUUUCCGCAGAUGGCAAGUUUAUUCAGGUUAGUAUCACACGAAUGGCAUAUUGUUUUCUUACGGUCACUGUCCUGGUUGAUAUGGUGCGUAUGACUAAAGGAUUGUUUUAUUACUGUAAUGGCAGUGUCUUCCUUGCAGGGGUAUUCACUGUACAGAGUUUUCUUCCUUAAAAAUGAUGUCUGCUGUAGAGUAGACUUAACUGGGAUGUCUGGGAUGCCUUAAAAGGCGUCGGUCUCCCAGGUGAUCACCAAAAUGGUAUCCGCCUUAGACAAAAGUACACAAGUGUUUCUAUUUUACUGACCAUGUCCACAAUACUUAAAUUGUAAUUGGAGUCGUUAUUUUUUAUCCAGUCACUACUUAUCGGGUAUUAUUUCAGGUCUCCACCGGUGCGUAUGAACGGUUAGUGUUCACAGUUCCCGGAGGAAAUCUCUUAAGAGACAAAAAAGAAAUAAAUAGAAUAACCUGGGAUUCAUGGACUAGGUAGGUUAAUCAAUAUAUUAAAUAUUGCUUUUCAUGCUCUCUUUGGGUUUCAAAUGUCACAGAAAACGUUUUUAAGCAAUCCUUUUGUUUUUAACUUCACAGUGUUCUUGGUAACGAAGUGAUUGGAAUAUGGCCGCGAAACGCGGACAAAGCGGACGUGAACUGCGCAAACCUGUCGUCCAGCGGUUUCUCUCUGGCCACUGGUGAUGACUUUGGUUUUGUAAAGUUAUUCGACUUUCCAGUCACGGAGAAAUUUGUAAGUUUUUUCUUAAGUGCUUAAAAUAUUACUUGAUUACUUUUCGCCAAGAGGAAACCAUCUCAAAUCUUUAAAUAAUGCCAGCGACAAUCCGCAAACAACUCUUCAUCUUAAAACUCUCUUGCUUGUUCUGUUGUCAACCUUUCCAUUGAUGGCAGAAGCCCAUAACCCUUACAUAGUAACUCCCAUGCAUUUCUUUCGCGACGUUUUCACAGACCAGUUUUCAUAGAUUCUUUGUGUAAAUCUGGAUUAUGAGUAUCUCAAAAGAUUUAGACCUGGCUGACAAUGUUAGUUUUGUUCCCUACCUUUUACAGUGGAACCCCAAUACAACGAUCCUCGAUAUAACGAUAUCCCCGGUAUAACGAUAAAUAUGCUAUGUCCCGGCAAAAGUUACAGUAAAAUGUAUGGGACAGAACCCCGAUAUAACGAUCUUCGAUAUAACGAUAUUCCCGAUAUAGCGAUGAGUUUUUAGCGCACCGUGCGUAAAAUCUUCCCCGAUAUAACGAUAAUACAGUGUCAGUACACAGAUACAGUCGCGCAUGCUAGCUCUCAAGGGGACGAGUCAGACUCUGAUGAUGAUAUAUCAGUGAUUGAACCUACGCCCCUAGGCCUGACUCCUGUGCAAGCUUCUGAAGCUGUCAAAGCAAUUAGAGAUUUUAUUAUUACGUUGGAUGAUUCGGGCGAACGAGAGAGAGAAUUCCUUUCCUCUCUUUGAGCGAUGGAGGAUGCGUUUUAAGAUUGCAAAUAAAACAAAUGAGGCAAACCAAACUUGAAGAGUACUUUAAUUGAUGAACAAGUGUCUGUUAAAAAAAAACAAUGAACACGCAAACAGCGAAAAGUAAAGACAAUUACAGUCGCAACUUCAAAUGUUUAAGUUUUGUUUUGUUUCCCUUUUACGAUUCAUACCACAGACUUUGUUGUGUAACCUUGAUAACGUCUAAUGCUUUGCAAAUUGUUUAAGGACAUUGCUACGUGCUUGAAACGCUACAUUUGUGAGUCAUUUGAUACUCAUUACAAGUUUAAUUAAACAAUAUGUAGUAAAAAAAGUACAUGUUAAUUUUACCCCGAUAUAACGAUAUUUUCGGUUCUUUUACGGCAAUAUCGUUAUAUCGGGAGUCUCGAUACAACGAUCUAAUUCCACUGCUCCCUUGGCAUAUCGUUAUAUCGGGGUUCCACUGUAUCAUAUUUUAUACUGACGUAAGAUGGGCAUUCUCAGUGAUGUGUCACGCCAUCUGCAAAUUGUACUCUAAAAUGUGCCUAAAAUAGGCUGGUCUGUGAAAACGCUGUGACGUAAACCUAUGUUUGUAGUCCAACAUAUAAUCCAAUUAAAAAUUUCAUGCAGCAAAUAACGUCCUCCAUGAUACGCAGUUUGCGCUUGAAGCGAUAAGUAGUUCUGAUUUGCCUGUAUUUGAUUCCAGGCCCCUUUCAAGCGAUACGUGGGUCACUCCGCUCACGUGACUAAUGUGCGAUUCACAUGUGAUGACCGCUUUUUGAUCAGUGCGGGGGGAGAUGAUUGUUGGUGAGUACACAUCAGUCAGAUUUGCUUUGUUCCCAGCUGUUACGCACCGCGCAUUAGCUGUGCAUUCAUGCCUGAUCAAUAAGAUUUACUAACAAUAAUCAUCAAAACGCUUGUUACAGGCUGCUGACGAAAUUUGUACAUGGUGCUGAUAAGGAUGGCCAUGAUAACAAGCUGACGACUUUUUAUCCUGUUUCUCUUUUGCAGCGUUUUUGUUUGGAAAUGUAAAUGAAGACGUUCGUUACAAUGAUAAGACGUGUAUCUCCAAACUUUAGCCUUAGACAUCAAUGAAACAUAAAGGAAAUAACUCGGCAGAAUUGCGUUGGUGAAUAGAAGAAUCAAACGUUCCUGGAACAAAAACAGCUGGAGGAAUAUAGUCAUUAUGUUGGCAGGAAUCUUUGCUAUGCGGGAAGACUAUGAAGACUAGCCGUCAAGACUGUUUUUUAAGCAACUAUUAAAGCCAUAGUUUCAUUUCCACUUUGGUGUUGGCAGAGAGGUCUGAAAGAGAGCUUGAUCUAUUUUGGACUCGGGCGCGGCUGUUGGAAUUCUUAUUCCCUCGUUUGAAGAACGUUGAAAAAUAUAUUUAUUUUAAGGUUAAUGGCCGAUGGUAACAUAAAAAGAAUGCUUCAAGAUCAAAGUAUUUAU